UCAUUGCAUGAAAUGGAUUUCUGAAAAUAAACCUUUUAUAUUAGAAUUGGGUUGUGGGAUAUCUGAUCCUUGGUUAGCGAAAUCUCGACAUCAAUCUAUGAUUCGUAAAAAAGUUAUCUUCUUAGUUUCUGAAAAUUUUGAAGAUUUCAAGAAUUACUUGAAUGAUAAUCAUAAAAUAACAAAAGAUUUGAUUUUGGACAUUUUAAAUAAUCCUUCAUUAAGUUGUAAAGAAAGCUCAAAGAUUAAAUUAUUUUCUUGCGUAUUGGAUAAAUGGUUUCCUAAUGCUAAGAAAUCUGAUUUAUCAAGCGUCGAAUCGAAUGAACAUGAAUUAUCCGAGAUCAGGACUUUGAUUAUAAAAUAUAUUGAUCAUAAAAAGUUGCUUGUUCCUGAUUUAGAAUUUCUCUCAAAACAAUGGUGGAUGCCAAGAGAUCUAUUUCAUUCUUGGAUGAUCGAAUUAGCUCAAGAAAAAAAAAGAAGAAAAUAA